UUUUUUUUUAAAGUUGACGAGGCAACAUACUCCCUUGUUCUAGCGGCUUUCAAGCAGCCAGUCGGUCAAGGAACAGGGGAAUAGUUGCCGAUCCAGGACGGAGAAGAUGACGAUCUGGGGGUGAAUGAUGACGGUAUUUGUAUUUGUUUUUUUAUGUUUAUUAGUCUAGUUAGUUGUCGUGAAUUGGCCUGACUGUACCUCUUUUGCUUGGGAAUCGUCACGACUCGUGUUCAGUUGACGUGAUAAUGGAAGCGAGUGAGUGAUGAGCGCCGUGAGCGGGCACUUCUGUUCCUGGCUUGUCCAUGUUACCAUGUCUCACCACUUCAAUGCUAUUAUCAAUAUCCGGAAACAUCACUCUCACCAUAAUCCAAUUAGUUCAAAAGUUGCCCACCCUUUCUUAGACCCGAGUCCUACGACUAACUCAAAAAGUCGGGGGAAUGGGCCUCGUCUGCCUGGUUUCCAAAAAAGGAACACAACUUGCAGGGUACUGGACCUUUAUGCGGCGCCUGCAGCAAGGGCAUGAUAAUGAUAACGCUCUUUGGCCGGGUGAAUUGAUACCUAUUCGUGGGCUACUAUAGUAUGGUGAGUUUGUUUUCGAUACGGAGAAUGCCAUGCUGCGGUGCAUAAUAGAGCAACGAAACGCCUGCUAUUGCGAGCGAGCGAGCGUUCGCUGACGCCAUGCAGUUUGCGUGACCAGCAUCGAAUUACAGUAUUAAUAACAAUUAUUUCGCCAUCUGAGCUCAGCCAUGUAUGUUAUGAGCACAAACACGAGAAUGAGCUUGGCUCUAAUUCAACCUUGCCCAAACAAGGGAGGUCAAGAUUUAUCUGUGUUGAGAUCAAAAGUGUUGGUUCUUUGCCGGACCGGACCUUGUCCUAUCUUCUUCUCCAGAAUAUCAGCGACGAUCAUCCAAGCACCUCGUGGCAGGGAGCGCUAUAGCGGGCCAUGGCGUAGAUGGAGAAACCUGACCAGUCUUGGUGGGAGCUGAUAACAGGUUAGAGCUUGAGUACUUUGAUAGUACGUACAUGCAUAGCUGCGAGCGAGCGCUGUUCAAUGCUUUGAAGUCUGGCAAACUUGGCU